AUGGCUGAGGAACACAAGCCCGUUGACGUCGCCGCCCCGGUGGCUGAGGAGGUCGCUGCUCCCGCUCCCGUCGUUGUCGCUGAGGAGGCCCCCGUUGUCGAGACCGCUGUCCCUGUUGUCGAGGACAAGCCUGCUGAGGAGACGAAGCCCGCUGAGACUGAGGAGGCUGCCGAGGCCGCCAAGGAGGAGGACAAGAAGGAGGAGGAGCCCGCCAAGCCCAUCGAGGAGGGCUUCCUGGGACACAAGGCUCAGGGCGCCAGCUUCCCCAAGAACCUGAUUGCUAGCAAGGCUUUCUUCUUCUUCGGCUCCGAGUCCGUCGAGGCUGAUGUCCUCGCCGCCUACAAGAGGGCUGAGAAGCACGCUGAGGUUGCCCAGCACAACAUUGCUUGGGCUGCUCACACCGGCAAGGGUCUUCUCUUCAUUGGAGACAAGAAGGCCCCCCACGGCGUCAUCAACCUGUCUGAUGCCACUGAGCCCGAGACCGAUGGCUCCAACAAGUUCCACCUCACCGCCAAGGGCAACAAGCACAGCUUCAAGGCUGCCUCUGCCGCUGAGCGCGACAACUGGGUCGCCCAACUGAAGGAGAAGAUUGCUGAGGCCAAGGAGCUCGCCACUGCUGUCACCGAGUCUGAGGUUUACAAGCAGACCAUUGAGAGCUUCAAGCCUGCCCCCAAGGAGGAGAAGACUGAGGCCCCCAAGGAGGAGGUUGCCCCUGUCGAGGAGGCUGCUGUCCCUGCUGAGGAGACCGCUGCCAAGACUGAGGAGGCUGCCAAGGAGGAGCCCGCCAAGGAUGAGCUCAAGGUCAAGGAGAACGAGCGCCGCUCUGCUAGCCGCAAGCGCACCUCUUUCUUCGGCUUCGGCAAGAAGGAGGAGAAGAAGGAGGAGGCCAAGACUGAGGAGGCCCCCGCCACUGAGACUCCUGCUGUUGUUGAGCCCGUCCCCGAGGUUGAGGCCCCUGCCACCGAAGAGGUCCCCGCUGUUGUUGAGCCCGUCGUCGAGGGUGAGACCAAGGCCAGCGAAGAGCUCCAGCCUGAGUCCCCCAAGGAGAAGCCUACCGUCAACAAGCGUACCAGCUUCUUCGGCAACGUCUUCUCUAAGAAGGAGAAGAAGGCUGCUGAGGCCAAGCCCGAGAUUGAGUCUCCCAAGGAGGAGGAGGUCCCCGCCACUGAGUCUGCUCCCGUCAUCCCUCCCGUUGAGGCCACCACCCCCUUGGCCGUCGAUGUUUCCAGCCCCGCCACCGUCCCUACUGAGACCACCGAGGUCGCUGCGGCCAACGGCGAUGCCAAGAAGGAGAAGGAGAAGCGCAAGUCUUCUCUGCCCUUCAACUUUGGCAAGCGUGACAAGUCCCCCGGCCCUGCUGCCGAGGGCGACGAGAAGAAGGGCGCGUUCUCCAAGCUCCGUGCUACCAUCAAGGGCAAGGGAGCCGCCAAGUCUGACGACAAGGCCAUUGAGGAGGCCAAGGAGGAGGAUGCCAUCAAGGAGGAGGAGACUCCCGCCACCGAGGAGGCUGCCAAGACCGAGGAGGCUGCCAAGGAGGAGGCUGUCGCCACUGAGGAAGCCCCCAAGCCUGUCGAGGCCGAGGCUGAGAACAAGCCCGAGGACAUCACCACCGCUACCCCCGCCGUCAUUGCGGCCGCUUAG